AAAGGUGAUUGAAACCAACCCUAAGCUCAUCUUUCCUCUGCUCUAACGGUAGCCCCGAUUAUUGCUGACUUAAGCAUCGGAGUGUCUACCCCGAGGACCCACCUCGAGGCUUUGCAAGUCGACCCGGAGUGCGGACGUGGACUAAAGAAGGACAUCUGGUUUGGUGCAGUUACAUUUGGCGCCGUCUGUGGGAAUUCGCACUGAAAGCUCCCUUGUUGCUCUCACCAUGGUUAAAACUAGGUCAAUCCGAGGUGGAAACUCAUCUCAGCCUCUUAGACGAGGUCAGGUCCCCAGCAACUUUCACCCUCGUCUCCCGCCCCCAAUCCUGAACACACUCCCUCAUGCUGACCAUGCAGAAGGAGGGGAUGAAAAUCAGCCACGCAAUUCGGCUCACAACUCAGCCUCUACUGCUAACCAAGACGUAGUUGCAACUCAGCUCGCUGCCAUGCAACAGCAGUUUGGUGUCUUUCAGCUAGUACUGGCUCAGCUAUUAACCCGAAAUAAUCCUGGUGAUCCAUUCAUCAACCUACUUAAUCCUACUCCACAACCCCCAGCCCCACCACAAAAUCCUGAACCAGUUCAGCAUACUCCCGCUAUUAGUGAAUCUCAGGGCCAAUCUCACAUCGCACCAGCUCAGCAACCCCUUCAUGAUGAUGUCACUCGACAUCUAGAUAGCUUAGAAAAGCUAGUGGUUGAACAGCGAGGUGCCCCACCUCCACACCUUGCUGCUGACUCCGUACCCCACCCUCUCAACACCAAUAUUAUACUGGAACCCUAUCCCGCUGACUUCAGAAUACCACAGCUUGAAACUUAUGAUGGGACGAAGGACCCCGAUGAUCAUCUACAUGCUUUCUACUCUUGCAUGCAGGCCCAGAACGCCUCUGAUGCGUUGAUGUGCAAAAUCUUUCCCUCUACCCUCCGAGGUAAUGCUCGAACCUGGUACUACAGUCUGCCUCCGAGGUUAAUCAACUCUUACACAGAAAUGGCAUCUGCUUUUGCCACAAAGUUUUCCAGUAGAAGGUUGAUCAGGAAAACCACUUCUGAGCUAAUGCGAGUUAAGCAGAGGGACGAAGAGUCUUUGAAGAAUUUUAUGAGUAGAUUCAAUGAUGCAGUGCUGGAGGUUAACUCUUUCGACCAAGCUGUGGGAAUUACAGCUGUGAUCUCAGGUCUUAGCCAUGAGAGAUUCAGAGAUAGUCCGCUCAAACAUCCUGCCAACACCUUCAGCGAGGUAAAUGAUAGAUCGUUGAAAUUCAUAACUGCUGAGGAAUAUGCCUUGUCGCAGAACCUAACUCCUAUUAAGAACCAACACCUGGACUGGAGAGAUGAGAAUCCGAACAGGAAACGGAUGAAGACAACACAGAACCGAGGUCCGAUGUCGACUUCCACCCUGAGAUUCGGAAGGCCGAACUCAGCACCUCCACAACAACCUGCAAGUAAACCUCCAGUUAAUUGGACUCCUUUUAAUUUACCGAGGUCACAAAUCUUUAUGCAGAUUAAGAAUAAGAUGGACUUAAGACGUCCGGGUCUAAUGAGAACUGCUGCUGCUACCAGAGAUCAUACUAGGUAUUGUGAUUUUCAUCAAGAUCACGGUCAUACAACAGAGCAAUGCAAUAGUCUGAGGUCCGAGCUGGAAAGUCUGGCGCAGAAAAGAAUGUUGAAUGAGUACAUCCAGAGAGUUGAACAGCCACGGUUUGUCAGGGAACAAGGGCCACAACCUCAAGGAGUCCGUAACUCGCCAAACAGGCAAGGUGUGGGAUAUCAGCAAGCCCCACCCCCACUUCCACCACCAGCUAGAAUUAUACACAUGAUUACAGAAGGCCUAGAAGCCGGUGGACUCAGCUCUAAACAGAGAAAGUUGUACGUUAGAGAGAGUCUUGGGUUGGAUCCAGCUCUGUUGCAGCGGUAUGAUGGUCCCAUCUACGAGUUCAACAACCAACCAGUUCCAGUUGAAGGAGUCCUCACCAUGAAUGUUGCAUUUGGAAGUGGCCGAAUCUCACCUAUGCAUGAAAUUCCCAACUCCUACGGGCGUAGCAACAUUGCGAGGCAACCAGGAGGUGGCCCGACAUUGCUACAUCACCUCGGUCACACAACCUCAGAAGGGCAAAGAUCAGACACCCGAGAUAUGCCGGGAAUCCCCACUUCAGUUUCUCAACAUAAACUCAGCACCAAUCCACUUAAGAAACCAGUAGCCCAAAAGCGACGCCUCUUUGGGGGAGAGAGGUUACAGGUCAUCAAAGAAGAAGUUGAGAAACUCUUACAAGCUGGUUUUGUCAGAAGGCUUGAUUACUGUGAAUGGGUCGCCAAUCCUGUGCUGGUGAAAAAAGCAAACAGUAAAUGGCGGAUGUGCAUCGAUUACACUAACCUCAACGAUACCUGUCCAAAAGACUGUUACCCAAUGCCAAACAUUGACAAGCUGGUUGAGGCAGCCUCUGGAAACGAGAGAUUAAGUCUUUUGGAUGCAUACUCUGGCUACCACCAAGUUCCAAUGGCUCCUAAAGAUGCAGAUAAAACCUCGUUCUAUUUCGACGAUGAAAUCUAUUGUUAUGUAUAUGUUGAUGAUAUAGUGGUGAAAAGUCUGAAAGCUAGAGAUCACUUAACCGACCUCGAGGAAACAUUCAACAACCUUAGGAAGAACAGAAUGAGGUUAAAUCCAGCAAAGUGUAUUUUUGGUGUGGAGUCAGGAAAGUUCCUAGGCUUCAUGGUGUCCAGAAAGGGGAUUGAGGUUAACCCCGAGAAGAUCAAAGCAGUAGCUGAGAUGGAACCAUCGAAGUCAAUGAAAGAUGUACAGAGGUUGACAGGGAGAGUAGCAGCUCUUCAUAGAUUCAUUUCGAAAUCAGCAGAUAAAUGUUUGCUGUUCUUCAAGAUCAUGAGAUUGGCAGCUCAGAAGGAUGAAUCUGGCAAACAAAAAAAGUUUGCAUGGAAUUCGGAAUGUCAAGCUGCAUUUGAUGAGCUAAAGUCUUAUCUUAGCUCACCUCCUUUGCUGACAAAGGCUGAUGAUGGAGAAAUCCUUUACUUGUACCUUGGGAUAUCAGAUGAGGCUAUCAGUUCUGUAUAUUCCAUUGCUGAAAAAGCAGCCCUAGCAGUUGUCACUUUGGCCAGGAAACUGAGAUCGUAUUUCCAAUCACACACAAUUAUAGUCCUCACGGACCAGCCGCUCAGACAAAUUUCGCAGAAGCCAGAAUGUUCGGGAAGAUUAAUCAAAUGGGCAGUUGAAUUGGGAGAAUUCGAGAUCACAUUUCAGCAGAGGUCAGCCAUCCGAGCUCAGGCUCUUGCCGAUUUCAUAGUAGAGUGCACCUCGGCUCACUCUGAUUUCCAGUUCGAGGUGGACAGCUGGAUUUUAUAUGUUGAUGGCGCAUCACGUAAUAAAGGUUCUGGCGCUGGUGCAAUCCUACUUGGUCCAGAUGGGUACCGAAGCGAACACACUCUAAAAUUUAAUUUUGAUGCCACCAACAAUAUGGCCGAAUACGAAACCCUGCUACUCGGCUUACAGCUAGCGACAGCAUUGAAGGUCGAAGCGAUACAAAUAUACAGUGAUUCACAGCUGGUAGUCAAUCAGGUUAACUCAAUCUGUGAAGUGGUUGAUCCUAUUAUGAUAAAGUAUGUAGCUCUGGUAGCCGAGCUGAAAUCCAAAUUCCAAAAAUUCCAUUUAAGCAAAAUACCUCGAGCUGAAAAUGAACAAGCAGAUUCCCUCUCUAAGUUUGCUUCUGAUGGCAACCAAAGCUCCAGAUCGGUCUUUGUAGAAAUUUUGAACGAACCUAGCUUCUUGAAGCCACGAAUGAUGGAAAUCAGCACGGAUCCUAACUCACCAAGCUGGACAGAUCCAAUUACCUCGUUUCUACAAGAUGGUGCAGUGCCUGCAGAUAAACAGGAAGAGAUGAGGCUGAGAAAGAAAGCAUCUCAGUACACCCUUGUUAAUGAUGUCCUCUACAAAAGAUCUUUCUCACUCCCUUUGCUCCGCUACCUAACCCCUUACGAGGCCGAAUACGCACUUCGGGAGGUGCAUGAAGGUGUCUGCGGAAGUCAUAUAGGUGCUCGAACUUUAGCCCAUAAAGUCCUUAGACAAGGCUAUUAUUGGCCUAACAUGUAUAAGGAUGCCAUCCAGUUCGUACAGCGGUGUCAGAAAUGUCAGCUCUUCGCACAUCUAAUUCACCAGCCUGCAGAAGAGCUCACUACUCUGGUAGCACCUUGGCCAUUUGCCCAGUGGGGUCUUGACCUUUUAGGCCCAUUUAUGAAGGGGGUAGGAGGUGUAACCCAUCUCAUCGUUGGUGUAGACUAUUUCACAAAAUGGGUUGAAGUUUGGGCAUUAUCCAGUCUUACCUCCAAGAAGGUCGAAGACUUUGUUUUCAGCUCGAUUAUUUGCAGAUAUGGGAUCCUGAGUCAGAUUGUAGCUGACAACGGCACUCAAUUCAAUUGCUCCUCAUUCCGGGAUUUCUAUUCCAGCUACGGGAUUAAACUGCAAUUCACCUCGGUUUACCAUCUGGAGUCCAACGGCAUGGUCGAGUCUGUUAACAAAUGCAUCUUAGAAGGUAUAAAGCCGAGGUUGGACCAGCACAAGGCCAGAUGGGCAGACGAGCUCAACAACGUCCUCUAGGCAUACAGAACCACGAGCCGAACUGCAACAGGUAUUACUUUAAACCUGGUCUAUUUGAUUAAACUUUACAUUGUUUUAUUUCCUCUGCUAUGACUUUACCUUAGAACGAAUAUACAUAACGCAUAAAGCGCAUUCUAAAGU